UGGCACCCGAGGGAGUACUUCCGCUUCCCUAACAAACGAAAAUGAUGUUGAUGGUUUUUCUCUUUCUAGCAUAGGAAAUGAAAUACUCAAAUGUAACAUUAGGAAGUUCAUAAAUAUGAAAAUAGUAACCCUAAACUAGUGUGCGAAAAGGGUUUCGCACCAUGGGUUCUCGACUCAGGUAAAUAGAUAGUCAAAACCUUGCAUUAUUAAUAUUUUAGAUUCAAAAUGUAAAAAAAAUAAUAACGUCGUCUGAACUGAAACUGCCUAGCCGUAGACUGCGUGAAUAAGUACAGUUGAAUUAUACAUAGACCCAAUUAGAAAUUAAAAUAAAGCAAAACACAAGUCCAUAGAGUACUACAACUCAGUACAGAGCAACAUUAUAACUAUACUCAUUUUCUUGUAAUAAAUAGACCUAUUUUAAUUUAAAUUAGGCCUAAGUAAGCACAAAAUGAAGGAAGUUAUAAUAAAUAAUAUAUAAUUACAAAAUAUAUAUUAGUCCAAGACAUGGUAUAUAGACCUAUCUAUAAAAAUAACUGUAUACCGACUAUAGGGAUAUGCUAUUGCUGUAUUAGGCGUAUAGUGUAUGGAAGUAUACUCAAUACUAAUACUAUACUCUUCUCUACUUAAUAAUAAUUUCAUUAAAAAAAGUCUAAAAGGAAAAAGGCCUAGGUUAUCUCUUAUUUAAACUUAUAUAUAUUUUGAUUCUAGUGUGUCCUGCUUCCUUUUCACAAUCGACCCUCCCCCAACUCAACAUGUUUUAUAUUAAUUACUACUGAGUGAAAAAAAAUGUCACGCAGCGAGCGUCAUGUGUGACUGUGAAACUAAGGUAAAAAGGUUGAUUUUUUUUCUUUAGAAAGGAAAUUUAAAAAAAUUUAAUUCCACUGUUUUUGGAAGGUGUUUAUUUUAGUUAUACUGUGACUGUUGUUUCUUAAGUCUUUGUUUUAAAAUGAAUGACAGUAUCUUCGCUAUAGACGGGUUUUUUUACAACUUCAUCUCUAUUCCGGGAUCUGGCAACUGCCUGUUCCUAUCAGAGGGUUAUUUCUUGACACAAGUGGUUGACAAAGGCAGUAGCUUUCAUAGAAAAUGAGAAGUUAACUUUUUUUUUUGUAACACUUGGACCCACUGUGUAUUUUCUCAAAAGACCCGGACCCAGAGUUUAAAAAAUUGCAUCGUGUCAAGCCCUUACUGUUUAUUAUAGUUAAGGCUUACAUUAUUAUUGGAAUGGGGCAUUCCUUUCUAUAGCUUACAAUAUCACUUAUCAUGCUACAAAAUUUUUUUUUGUUGUAGGCCUAUAAGACUAAGGUCUAAGACUACAAGUAUUAAGUCAAGUAUAUUGUAAUGAAAGUCUCUGACCAUUGCUUGCAGUCGCAAACUCGAAAAAAAAAUUAAAAAAAUUAUGUACCCCAGGAUUCUGGGGCUAUGUACAUAUUACAUCAUGCUACUUACCUCCAUUAAAAAAGUCACAAAUUUGUUACAAAAUUUAAUGCUCAAGCAUAUUACAAAUUAAAAAAAAAAAAAAAUUAGGUGUGUGGCCUUCUAUGAUAAAGACUACAAUUAGCAUUCAAUUGCAAAAAUAAUAACAGAAAAAUUAAUAGUUUAUUUUUAGUCAUUUAUUUUACAGAGCUCAUUCCGCAUCUUUUAAUGAGACAUUUUUCUCUUGAGUAUUGUUCAGUGUAUUUAUCUCCUCUUUCCCAACUAAUAAUUUUUGCCAGUUCAUUCUUUUAUAAUCCAACCUAAAUAAAUGUAAAAUUUCACUUAAUUCAGACCAAAAUAUAUUUUUGACCAAAGUAACUAGUUCCAAAAUGAAAUUGAACCUAGUAUUAGUAACUUUAUUGUUAAACCAUGUUUUAGUUUUUUUUACUGAAUGUUUCUGUUGGCUUCAGGCACAAUGGCAACAUUGUCUGCCUGGUAUGGGUUUGAAUUCAUCCAGGGUCAUCCCAGCUAUAGGUUAACACUUAAACGCCUGGUAGUCAAGUGAAGACUGAUUUUCUUGAUCGGUGGUUAUGUGAGAAAAUCAAUCAAAAUCUCAAUCUCUGAAGAUAGCAGCCAACUAAAUGUGGGAUUUACAAUGCAAAAAAAUAGCUGCAGUCUUUCAGAUUAUGUCUCAGCUGUAAGAAUAAAUUAGAAAUGCUUUAAUAUCUUCCUGAUCCACCUACUAUUAAUCUUUCCAGAGACAAACCAAAACAGCUGUUUGAGGUAUUUGUUGAGAUUGCCAAGAGCGAACGUGAUGACGAGGGUAAUUAACUAUUUUUAUACACCGUAUUUAUUUAUUAGACCUACAUGCUUUCAAGAUUUGGAAAUUAUUUUUGUAAAUAAUUUUCUUUUAUAGAAUUAACAUAAUAAGUUUGUCUUAAAAGUUAAUUUUCGUUCGUAUUAAUGUUUACCAUCUGAAAUAUGCAUUGUGUGUGUUGUUUUUUUUUAGCUCCCUUCAUCCUUCAGCAAUAUCCCCCUGGCUUUGAUGACAAGGUAAUUUCUUACAUAAUAGGUCUAUACUAAAAGCAAACUAAUUUAUUAAUAGGAGAAAAGAAAGUAGGAGAGGGUUGCAUGUUGAAUGUUAAUUUUUAAUUCUAAAAAUGAAAAACUACAUUUAACAAAAUAUUUAAUUCAUAGGUUUUUAGUUGUGCAAUGCCAAAGGGCAGUGUUUUUUUUAAAUACUUGUUUCAAUGAAAUGAGGUUGUACGUGUUGUUUGAAUAAUAAGAGGUGCAAAGAACUCAAAGAAAUGCAAAGGAUGUAACAGAAUUGAACUCAGUUGAGUUAAUUUUUAUCUCUAAGUCACAAGUCCUUCCUUUUUUUUUCAUUUGUCAUUUUUUUUAAAAGAAAACACAGAAAAAUAAAAAAUGUUUCACUUUUACACUUUAUCUUUCAGGAAGCACUCACAAUGAUUCCAAAGUUUGCCUUCCCGUGCAAGACAGAAGUGUAAGAAAGUAUUCAUUUAUUGCUGUCAUAUUUUUGAUGCUGCAUAGUAAUAACUAUCAUAUUAAAUAACAAAUAUAAUUUUUUUUGUAAAUCAUAAUCUUAUAAAUCUUUUAAAAUGAAUAUUCAUUAUGAAAAAAAAUUAUUUAAAUGAUUAUUUUUAACUUAAAAUAAAAUUAAUAGUUUAUACCCUGUAUACCUGUAUAAUUAUAGCUAAUUAAUUUUAAAUAUUUUGCUUCAUACAGUCAUAAAAAAGUAUUAUUCUUAUACCCUCAUUAAAUGCUAAUUAUUUUCUUUAUACCGUCUAAACUCCUCUUUUGUGCCACAGAUCCACAGUGGACCAUUUUUCCUUUGUCCUGACAGACUUGGACGGUCUGUUUAGGUUUGGCUACUGCAGACAUGGCACUGGGCACCAGACAUGUUUAUGUAUAGUGAGGUGAAUAAUAUUGUAACCAAAAAUUUGUUGCAGAUUCAUAUAUAACACUAUUUGGAAUUAACAACCUUUAAUAUGUUCUGUCACACUGUAUUGUAAAUGUGAGGUAACCAAAUGGAAGAAUUUGAGGAUCUGAAAUUAUUGAUGGUUUAGAAGUAAAAAAAAACAACAUAAUUUAGAGCCCUUUGUUUGCAUUGUAAGUGGCAGGUGCUGGAGUUUAAAAAAAAAUAACCUUCAUAUGGCCCUAAAAACAGCUCAGACAUUUUGUAGUUAUUGAUUAAAACAUCAGCAAAUAUAUACAGACAAAUGAAAAGUCUUUCAUAUUUUUAAAUUACAUGAUACCAAACUGAAAAAGCCCAGAAAAAAAUCUGAUCGCUUCUCUGCCUUUUGGCUAAGAUCAAGAUGUAGGGUCUGUUCUUUUACCACCGGGUUAUAUGGUUUUCAGCCUGGGUUGGGAAAAUAGGUAAGAACCAGGCCAAGAGACCCACAAGGGCAGACUUUGAAGAGGGACUACCCCAGUAUUUCAGUACUUUAAAGGGUACUUUACAAAAAAAAAAUGAUUGAAUUGUAUAACAAUAAUGAUAUUUCUUAGCUUUUAAACUUUUAUCUUUCUUGCCCACAGAAGUAAAUUUGAAGUUAAUUUUUUCCCAGAGCAAACAUUUCAUUACAUUUUUUAUUAAAUAAUUUUUUUCUUACAGCUGGUUGCCCUGGUAUGAGAUUUUCUACAAGCUUUUAGACCUAAUAGCAGAUAUCACAAACAAAUCUGAAAACAACAAUGUCAUGACAUUGUUGGAGAAAACUUACAAUCAAGAUGUCCCAGCACCUAAACUUCCUGUUACUAUUGUUGCCAAUGAGAACGUAAGAUAAACACGAAGCAGAUUCUUGUGAAUAUUUAUUACUUUGUUUCCAGAGAUGUCAAGGAAAAUUAUAAUUGUUGAUUAAUAAUGCUAAAACAUUUUGGAUCAAAGAUAAAUGAAGUAGAUUAAUUAUUAAGGGUUUGCCAUAUUAUCUUGUAUGCCCUGCUGUGUAUUUUACUUAGUAUCUCCUGCGAGAUCAUACAUUUUCACACAACUCAUUAAAAAAAUCAAAAUUUUUUGAAGCUCAUUCAGCCUCUCUAUCUCCUCAUUGCACUCCCCAAGGCAAUGUGGCAUGUUAGGAAAGCUCACCUGGUGAAUUCACUCCUAGGCAUUACACAUUAUGGAAGCCAUACAACCUCCCCCCUCCCCGUAAUGGGGGCAGCAGGUGCCUGGGGAGUUGAUACAAAACCUUUUAACGAAAUUUAUUUAUUACUGAUGAAUGCAAAGUAAAUGCCUAUUUUGGCAAUGUUGCAUGUUAAUUUUAAUCAUUAAUAUAUUUGCAUUAGGAAGUCCUAGCUGAAAUAAUUAUGCAACUUUUUCGUCCCUUAAAUAACAAGGAGAAGCUGGGUGAAUGAUUCUGGCUCGGUGUGGCAUAGUAAAGUGUUAUAAUUACUUACACUUUAUAAUUGAUAAAGAGGUUACAUGAAAUGCAAAAUGAGAGGUGGGAUCAGUAGCCUGAGGUUGGGCUAUAUCAAGGUCUGCAAUUUGGUUGAAUCCGCGGUGGGGUUUCAAUAUGGUUGUUUACGUAUGUUGAUUUUAAAUUUGAUUGUAAUAUAAUCAUGCAGGAAACUAAAAUUAAGUAGAAACAAUUGAUAUGCAUGUUUGUCUUUCUCCAACAGAUGUUUAGCUUUACUACCCCUGACCCCAAUGAACUACCAAGUAUUACAAGUAAUGUAAGUUAUUUUUAUUUACGAUAUUUAUUUUCCUUAAUAACACUAUAAAGUCAUACUAAUUCUUAUCAAGUCAUAAGCGGGGCUGGGGGGGGGGGGCUGUUACUUUCCCAUUUUUUCUAAAUCUUUACGUCUGAUUUUUAAAAAUCUAAGCUCUCAAUUUGUGUGGUUUUUUUCGGAGGUUAACAACAUAAUUUUUUUUUAUUUACGAUAUUUAUUUUCCUUAAUAACACUAAAAAGGCAUACUAAUUCUUAUCAAGUCAGAAGCGGGGCUGGGGGGGGGGGGCUGUUACUUUCCCAUUUUUUCUAAAUCUUUACGUCUGAUUUUUAAAAAUCUAAGCUCUCAAUUUGUGUGGUUUUUUUCGGAGGUUAACAACAUAACUUCAUUGUGGGGAAACAACACCUCAAGCUUGCAGCCUCUAGGCUGUUUAAUACAUUUUAUUGUUCUAUGAAUUUCUUUAAAACCUUGACAGUUUAAAACCUCACUGUCACCUUUUACUGGCCUAUGCCUCCAUCGUAUACACACCUUCAGAAGAAUGUGUCAUGCUAAAGAAAAAAAAUUGAACAAUUUUGCUUAAAUAAAGAAUGUUUUCAUAUCUUAAUGUUUUGAAGAAUAAAUGGGGUUAUAUUAUAAAGUGUUAGACAUAAUUUCAUUCUUGGGAGAAUUAGUUCUUUUAUAUAAUUAUAUAUAAUAUGUCACAAAAGCUCUUGUUUGCAAAUUUUGUCCUAGUGCAUAAAGGGAAUUUGUUUGUUUUUUAGAAUGCAUAGUAUUUACAGUUAAUUUUUACCAUUAUUUUUAUACUCAGAGAAACUUAAAAGAAUACUACAGUGCUGUAGACCAUGACAACAUGAUGAAAAUUUUUGCUAGGUAAAUAUAUAGAUAUUUAACAUUUAUUUUUACCAUUUUAUAAUUCUUACUUUGCAGUCUCGUACAUACUGUCAUAUUUUGCCUUAAUAUAAUAUAUUCUGUUACCUUUCAGUAUGCUUCAUGAACGUCGGAUAUACAUGACAUCUAAGAAACUGAGUCGGUUAACAGCUUGUAUUCAUGCCGCUGAAGCUCUUCUUUAUCCAAUGCACUGGUAAUUUUUUAAAAUUUGGUUUUAUUUUGUCAUUUAGUUUUUAAAAAAAUCUUAUUUUGAUGAAUCUUUUGAUUAUUGCUUCUUUUUUACAAUUUAAUAAUUUCAGUCAAGUUUAUUUUCUACCUCACAAUGUCUUAAAAUAAAUCUAUCCCCCCAUUUCCAUUAAAAAUAUGUUUUGCCAUUUAUUUUAUGAUAUUUUAAACAUACGUUUUAUUUUGCCAUUUAUUUUAUAUUUUAAAAUAAAAAUUUAUAUUAUCAGUGGAGAUGCUCUACCACCAUGUCCCAUUUUCCAUUAAUUUUGAAAUUAUUCACAUAAACAUUUUUAGGUUUCACAAUGUCUUCUGUUAAUUCAUAAAAAGAGUUACCGGAAAAUUGAUCGAAAGAAAUUUCGUCAACGGUAAAUUGAUCGACGGUUAUUUGAUAGAGCGGAAAUUUGGUCGAAUCUUUUUUUCCAUUCGCACGUUGAAAUUUUCGUCAAAUUUCUUUUUGAACGCACUAUACUAUUUAGUAAAACAAAAUAAUUCGUUCAAAAAGAAAUUUGAUGCAAAAUUGUUACGUAAAAAUUGAAAAGAAGAUUCGACCAAAUUUCCGUUCGAUCAUAUUACCAUCGACCAAUUUACCGUCGACGAAAUUUCUUUCGAUCAAAUUUCCGGAUACGCAUAAAAAUAAUACCUUUUAUAAAAAAAAUUAUAUUUUAAAUUCAAAAACUGAAAUAAACAAACUCUAUAUAUAUUUUUAUAGACUCUACUAAUCCUAAAACCACACUGUGUAUAUAUUUAUCAUUGAACAAUUUUCUUUGGAUUUUGACUUAUAAAAUUAAUGAAAUGGCAUUAACUAAAAUUCAUUUUUUUAAAAAUUGUUCAAAUUAUUUGACCUCUUUAAAAUGUCUUUGUUUUACAGGCAACACCUGUACAUUCCUAUAUUACCAUCACAUCUAAUAGACUACAUUAGGUAAGCUAUACAAGGAAGUUAGAUGUCAUUUUUGACGUUUGGUAUCUUAAAAUGUUAAAAAUAUUCAACUUACCAUGAAUUAAAGGAUUAUGACUAAUAUAAGAACACUUCUAUUUGAACAUUUACUUUUCAGUGCACCUAUGCCAUACUUGAUAGGGGUUCACAAGAAUUUACUAGAGGUAAGUACAUUUGUUUAGGCUCUUCAUUUUGUUAACAAUAUACUUGUUCUAAAGUAGCUUUUUAAAAAAAAAAUUAUUCAGUUUAAUAAAUUAGGUGGUCGGCUUGUGAGCUGGGUCAUAGGAGAUUUUUAUAUUUUUCUCCAGGUACAUUGAAUAAUGAAAUUUUUAUUGUAGAUCGCCAAGGUCCUAGUCUACGGUACACUAUUCAAGCUUUGAAUAUGUUAUUAGAGAAAUUUUAAAUAUCAAUACAUAUCUGCUCUUACCUUAAUUAUUAUUUAAUUUAUUUUCUUCUUGAUCUAAAAGAAGGUUUUAGUGUCACGUUUUACAAAUUGCAUUUCAACAGCAAUUUUCAAUUAAAUUACUUACGUCGCUGUUUACCGUCUUCUUCUCCUAUAUAUUAAGGGCCCACGAUCAAUGUAUUGAUCAUUCUGGUUCCUUUGUAUGUAGAGGGGCUUUGCAAUGUUUCUGUGCCUUAUAACAUAAAACAAAGAUACUGGAAGUAGAUGGCGCCAGUAUACAGUCAUUGUUUUUCACUACCGGCAUAAACUCAUCCUGAAUAUUCUUUGCAACAUGUUUUGCUGACACUGACAUAUCAUUGUAUGUGGUUGGCUUAUUAGUAGGUAUGGCACUUUCACACUUUUCCUGUCCAAAACUAGGAGGGUCGGCUUAUGAAUGAAUGGAGUUUAGAACAAGUAUCUCAGUUGUAAAGUCAUUGAUAGAGAGUUACAACCUUUUGUGGAUCUUUUUUCCUUAAAGUAAAUAAACCCCAAAAUUCAAAUAGACAAAACUUGUUUGGGGGUUUGGAAUAGUGAUUUAAACAAAUAUUUCAACAGAAAUUAACAAUAAAUCGUGUUGAUGUUGGUGAUGCAGUGGUGGUUGACCUUGACAGCAAUACAGUGGAGUCAGCCUACGAUGACCUCGGUGAUCUGCCCGAUGAUGUGGUUAGUCUUCAUGUUGUAUGAGGAUAUUUUUAAUUUACCACCUGAUGUAGUGGUUUGUUUUAAUGUUGGGGGGGGGGGGUUUACUCAAGAUAGGACGGUGUAGUUGAAGUAAUAUUUUUUUGCCAUGUUUAUAAUCCAAGUGUCUGAAAACUUUGUCUUAGUUUUUUUUUAAUUUACCACCUGAUGUAGUGGUUUGUUUUAAUGUUGGGGGGGGGGGGGUUUACUCAAGAUAGGACGGUGUAGUUGAAGUAAUAUUUUUUUGCCAUGUUUAUAAUCCAAGUGUCUGAAAACUUUUUCUUAGUUUUAUUUCUGGUUUCUUUCUGGAGUAUUUUUAGAAUUUAAAUAUAUUUUCCAUUUUUAAUAAUAAAUACAUCAUUUUUUUCAGUCUAACUUUCUAAAGAAAAAACUAAAAAAAGAUGCAAAACAUUCAAUGAUGAAUUCUGGAGAUGCAAUUUCUAGAGCAUUUCUUCAAGCCAUAGUCAGGUUGAUAGGUGAGCACAAUCCAUUACUAAUACAAAUAUAAUCAGGUUGAUAGUUGAGAGCAAUCCAUUACUAAUACAAAUAUAUUCAGAUAAUAGGUGUAAGCCUUUCAUAAUUACUCAUAUACAUUAUUUUGUAAAUCUGAAUAAUCGGUUAUCUAUCAAUGAAUAUCAUUGCAUGUAAUUAAAUUAGUGAUUUUUAGUCCUCAACAUCACUACAAAUUUAGUUAUAACUUAUUUAAUAUACUAGAAAUGUUAACGUCCAUGUGAUGCUAAUACUAGCAAAUUAUUUUUACGCAGAGAACAGUCAUUGCUCUUACAAAAAUAAUUAAACAACAAAUUUGAAAACUUCUGAGUUUUAUUCUAUAUGAAACUUUAUAGGCUACCUGGUUUGAUAAAAUUAACGAUUUUAACAUUUUAAUAUUUAAAAAACAUAUGAUUUAAAAAAUUUAGAUUUUUUUACUUUUAAAAAAAAAAUAUUUUAUGAUUUCUUUAGAUUUUGAAGUUUCUUGCCACUUUGCGCUUUGACUUUUGCGGCUUUAAUCUAUCUCCGUUUUUUCAAAUAUAUUCAUUGAUAAGUUGAACAAGAUAAUCAAAAUGAUGCAGCGGACGCUCAGUUGUAUGAGUCAAUUACGCACCCCUGUAUUACAAUUAAAAUAACUGUACGUAGGUACUGUAGGCCAAUGUAUUCGAGCACCCCGCAAAUUCUUCAAAGCCAGGUGCAGCCGCUUGACCAUUCCUUGUGUUUGGGCAAAAAAAUUUUUUCCAAAAAAUGAUUUGUGAUGAAACUUAGCCAAUCACAUCCUGGCCACUGAUUGGUUUAGGUUUUGUUUGUAAGAAGUGUGUGUGUAAUUUAAUAUUCAAUAAUAAUAUGAUAUUUGUAAUAUAAUAAUAUGUAUUAUUUUCUCUUAUUUCGUAUAUUGUAUUGGGUAAUACAAGUGUAAUGGGGACUUAUGGGGUGUUAUUUCAUGCCCAGAGAGUAUAAUAGUGUUAAAAAGGUAUUCAAAGGGUCGUGAACAGGUUUUCUAAGCUCUAGCUACAAAAAUAUUCAAUUUAUAAAUAAAGAAUUAUACUUCUCAGAAAUUCACUUACUGCGGUAGAGUCUGGAACUGAUUAACCGGGGUAAACAAGGGGAAAUGUAUAUAUAUUUUUAUAAAGAUAAAACAGAAUAUAGUUAAUAAGAUAUAUUCAUUUAAAUUUGGAUUUUAACAAACUGAUUUAAAUUUAAGUAAGAUAAUACUAGCAAAAAUUAAUAAAAUCUUAAUUAAAUCCAUUUAAAAUGAUUUCCAUACUUUUUCCCCAAAUUGAAAUUUCUUAUUAUCUUCUAAUAGAAAUGAUUAUAAACAGAGACAGUCAUAAUCUUAAUAUUGUACUCUCUAUAUAAUCUGUAUGAAAAAUUCAGUUUCAGCUUACACUUUCAAAUUAUCAAUAUCAAUCUCAUAAUAUUGUCAUUUUUCACCAACAAAACUUUCUGCUUACAUAUUUGGAAUAGAAAAUUUUCCAUCUUACUUAACACUAAGUCAAUUUCUAAUUUCUUAAAACCGGAAAGUUUAAUAUAAAUGAAACUCAUUAAUAUAAAAGUUCUAAAGUUGUUUAGUCAUAAAUAUAUAUUAGGAAAUAAUCUAUAUUUUGUGACGAAUAAUACGUAAAAACAAACAGGUUUUCUUUUUAGCAAGUGCCUUUAAAUAUAAAUAUAUUAGAUAAAUCAAUAUAAUUAAAAUAAAUGAAAUUUGUUUAAGAAAAAUUGAUAUCAUUAUUUUUAUUGGUGCAAUUUAAAUCUUGUUAAAAUUAUCUCAUCCCUGUACAGCACACAAUUUUAUCAGAGAUUUGAAAAUGGAAAUUAUUCAACCGCAAAGAGCUAUAGUUCUCCAUAGCGCUUAAGCACCAUGAUUAUAACACAACUUUUUUUUUUUUUUGAUUUACAAAGAAUAUGCCAUUUUUGUUCUCAGGUGGCUAUAGAGAUGCACUGAAGUUUCGGCCAGGGGAAGCCAUCACUUUUGAUCCUGAGGCAUUUGUUCAGUCUCGCUCCUCCCAGUCGACUCAAUUGUUCCUGGAGGGCAUGCUGAGUUUACAAAUAUUUCAACAGGUAAACCCAAGCCCUCCUAUAGAUAAAUAUAAAGGCUUUUUUUCCGGGGGCGUUUUCGAUCACACCUACCAUGCAAAGAAUUUUUAAACUUACGAUUUAAACAAUAUUGUCCAAACAAAAAUGUUAAAUUUAAAAAAUCUGAAAUUUUAUUUACUGUGACCAUAACCUUGUUGUAAAGAAAUCACAAACUCAGAGUCUUUCAUAGUAUAUAUUUUUUUCCUUGUUGCUGUUAAAUUCUUAUGUGCAUUGUUUGUAUGUAUAUUCGUUUGAUUUUGGAAGAACUUUAAAAUACUUUCAUCUCUCUGUUUCGGGAAUGGCUACAGACUUAAAAUUUGGUGCAUAGCUGAGUGUAAAUGUGGCUUUUAAUCUUUCAAUAGUGCAUUUACGAAUGAUGUAUAUAUUUUAAAGUAGUGGCUGUGGAAAAUAAAAUUAUGACAUCAUUUCCGUUUAAAGAAAGCGCGUUUACCAAAAGUUCAACAACAGUUCAGCGUGUGUAGAAAAGAUUCUAAAUUUAAUACUAAAAUUAUACUGAAUUAAGACUAAAUGUAAUACUGAUUUUAUACUGAAUGAAAGUUACUUUGAAAAAAAUAUAUUUUGUUUUUUGUGAUAUCGAUCAUGAAACCCAACUGCUCCUAAAUAGCUCAUAGCCUUGAAUUAAUGAUCUUAAUGGUCUUAAAGGAAUUAAAAAACAAUGUUAAAACAAUGCACCACGAACAUUAGGUUGGACUUUAUAGACAGCAGAAAAACCAUUGAACGCUUUCAGCUGGAGAAUAUAUUAUUAAUUAGAUAAAAAUGUAACAUCUUUUGUAAAUGCUAAUUUUCAGCUUGUCUGCUGUGAAAAGAUUUCAACUGAAAUGAUCAAUGUUUUAUUAUCUGUUAAAACCUUUCCAGUUUUUGUUAUACUCUCUGCAUUCAUACAUUUAUAAGCUUAACCACAUUGCAACUAAUGUCAUAGCUAGGGCAACAGAAAAGUCUUUUGUGAAGAAGUGUCCCUCUACUAUAUAAUGUUCCUAAAAUCAGAUGAUUCAGUUUCGCUGUAAUCAAAUUUCAUUUCUUUUUGUUUUUUUAACAAAAUGAAUGUUUUUUGUUUGUUUUGAAAGUUUAUUCGUGGCAGACUGGAACUGUUAGAAACUGGUCGUGGAUAUACAGAUAUAUUUGAUGAGGAAGCUUACAGGUAUGCAGAUAAACUCAACAAUCAGCCAAAGUACAGCAAGUUUUUCAAUUCUGCAAAGGUGAGUUUACUUUUAGCAGCCAUGAAAGACACUCUAAGUAUUGAUUUGGGUUGACCAAUUAUGUUAUCUAUACAUGAGUUUUAAAAUAUAAAAAAAAAAUGUCUUUUAGUAUUUUUAAAUUCUGACAUAUUUUUUAUCUUGUUUAAUAGAACAAUAUUUUGAAUUUUUUAUUGCAGAAAAGUGGAACAAAGAGUAUAAUGAAGGUAAGGUUUUUAAAAUUAUUUUUAGUUUCAAAAGUGGUUUGUCUUUUUGUAUGGUGUGGUAUUUUUUUUUCUUCUGAAGAAGAACUCUUCCCAAAAGUUCUCAUAGAUAAUUUCUUGUCUCUCUCUCUCCUUAUGAUUUCACUUUUUGGUCCAUAUUUUAUUCUUCGUGAGUUUGAUCAAGUGCAUUCCACACUAACACAAUUUUUCUUUUGUAGUUAUUUGGCAAUGGAAAUAAUGGGAGUCGCUUAGUCGAUUUAUUUGUCACGUGUUGAGAGUAAAAACGAGUAAGACUUCCGGUAGGCUUGUCUAGUGCUUGGCAACAGUAGCCCGUUACACACUACAACUAGUAAUUCAAGAUACCUAGGCAAUGUUCGGCUUUUGGCUGUUCAAACAGUCAAGUUAAGGACAGCGGUAUAAGUCUGCAUAAGUUUCCGCUUAAGGAUAAAGAAAAUAUAAGACAAUGGCUUAAUGACAUCAUGGGUAGGCCGACAUUUCGUCCAAUGAAAAUUAACAAUAAAAUAAACAAAGGGGGAUGACUCCUGCACAAAUAUUGAAUAAACACGCAAAUGACGUCUUCGGCACGCAAGGAGCUCAACAACAGCCUGCCGAUGAUAGUAUUGAUAGUUCCCAUCGAAUAUCGCUCCCAAAUUUUUCUGGAAAUAACUUUCUUCCUUUAAUCAUAACUGACGUAUAUUUAUUGUCACAUUUAUGUAUUUCAUUUAAAAAACGAGUGUAUUCCAGAAUAUUUUGAAAGGUAAAAUUUUUAAGUAACAUGACAUUGGUGCACCGAUGAGGUAUCUUUUGUUGUGUGUAGCAGCCUAGUGAUGGCUUACUCUCAUCACGUGACCAAACAAGGAAGUGACUAAGCGACUCCCAUUAAACAUAAUUACCUUUUGGGAAACGCAUGGGAAAAGGAUGUUAUUGCACACAGGAAAAUGUGCCCUUCUUCUCAUUGUAUUAGUUCCAUAUAUUAGAUUUGACCAUAACAAAAGUAUCACUUGCUUUCACUAGCUUUGUAAUGAAGUCUUAAUCACAUUAACUCGCUCUACAUCCUUGCUUCAUUCUUUGAUCUCGUAUGACAUCCUUGCUUCAUUCUUUGAUCUCAUUUGUUUUAUUUGUUGUUUCUAAAUGUUUAAAAACCACCCUGUUUGUAUCAACACGAACUUGUUAGCUUGUUGUCCUAUGAAGAAAGGAGUAUCAAGAAUGGUCAAACCAAUACGCAAAGUGAGCUGUAACAUAAACAGAUCUAAUUCUAGUUGAGUGGGGCAGGGAGUUCAUUUUUUUUUGUCAGCAUUAUGAUGAAAGCCUAAGGGGGUAAUCCAUAAAUGGCAUCACAUAUUUAGUGCUUCAUUAUUAUUAUUAUUAUUAUUACAGUGGUCUUAUAUAGCGUGGUAGCCCUAGGGCUGGGCUCACCACACUUCACAUAAAAAUUUUGGCAAUAAUAAACAUGACAUUAAAACAGCUGCAUACAUUUAAUUAAUUUAAUUAAAACAGCUUUAUAAAAAAUUAAGAAAAAAUUAUUCACACAUAAGCAGCAUUGUUUAUCAGUCAGAGGAGGUUGGGAAUCGGUCAGGAUCUCCAUCCUUGUACCUAGAACAUCCAGAUUAUAACAUAUCUAGUAGCAUGAUCCUUUUUUCAAAACUAGAACAUCCACAGAGUUAUCUCGUGGUGACAUGUAAUAGUUUUAUUUUCCAGCUUCGUCGUCAGUCCAGCAAGGUAUAUUAGACUGUUUCCAGUAUUAUUCUUCAUUUUGAUUACUGUAUCAUCCUUACUUUGGUGCUAUUAUUUUUAUAAUGCUAACUGCUUACAAUAAUAUAUAUUGCUAAAAUUCACAAUAUGAGUAAUUUCCAGUUUGCUCUACUGACCUGUCUAUAUCAUUUUAAUCUGUCUCUGACGACUGUAUAUAACACACCUGCAUUUUUUUGUAUUUAAAAAAAGUGUUUAAAGUUAUAGUUUUACAGUUUCAAAAAAAAAACAAAAAAAAACAACCUUUGUCAGCUUGACGACCUACAGAGUUUUGAUAUUCAAGCACUCCGACUUGUUCUAAGAUAACAGCUAUUUUGUGGUUUAUUUGUUGUUUGGUGAUUUAAAAUUUUUUUUUUAAUGCAAACAACUAACCAUGUUUAAGUCUUAAUUCAUUGAAUUUGCCAUCAGGAAUAGAAAGCAUGUUGAAGUUCAAAGAUGAAUAUCUCAGUCAAACUCCAGAGAAACCUCCUGUACAGUUUCUCUGAUCUCUUUUUUCUUCAACUUUUCAAAAGUUUAAACCAUUCAAAAUUUUUAAAAAUUAAUUAUGCCCUUCAUAGAUUUUGCUUCUAAAGAUUUCAUUCAACAAAUUUUUGGUACCUUAAUGUAAGUUUCUAUUGAUGAAUUGAGUCAGUUUAUGCAUACAUAUGCUAACGGCUGAACUAAACUGCAAACUCAAGACCAUUAAAUCAACAUUAAUCUCUUGAUUUUCAAGAUUAAUCCAGCCUUACAGUUUUUUUGUAAUAUGGCAAAAAUAAUAAUUUCUUUUGUGCAAUUUGUCAAAUUCAGAAGACAUGGAAAUUGUUGCCAGAAACAUUAUCGUUCAUAUAAUUUUCAACUAAGCUUGAUUGCCAAUGUUUUUGUGCAUGACCUUUUUAGGGAUGAGGUGUUUGCUCUUGACAAAAUAUCUGACACCUAAGUUUUGGAAUGUUGAGAUGUCUUUUGCUAUGUCUCUGAAAAGUCAGUUUGCAUGACCAGCAUCAUCAGAUUUAAUCAGAAUUAGAUCUUAUGAGGAAAAUAGUUUUUACGUUUACAGUUUUCUUUCUCUCUCUUUCUCUCUAUCAAACCGAUGGGAAAAAAAUCGAAUUCAAAAAGAUAUAUAGUAAAACUAAAAUGUAGUAAAAGACCAGUUGCUUGUAAUGCUAUUUAUUACUCUUCUGUCCCUGUAAACUUUUUUUAUUUGUUGGGUGGAGAUGGGUUUAGCUUUGCAUACUGCUCAAACAAUUGACAUCCAGAAGAUUUGAUAAAUAUAGAUUUUAAAAACUGACAGACUUGAUUACAAUUGUGCUGUAUGGGAACAGUGUUUACUAAAUAAGUUUCUUUUGGAAAGACACGUUAAAUUAAUGUUUUCAUGUUAGUAGAUAAAAUAAGUAUAAUUUAAGUAGUUUAUUUUUGAUGUCAGUUAUUGACCCAGCGGAUGAAUGAAAUGCUGCUUUAUUCUCUGUAAAAAUCAUAAAAUUACACCUAAACUGUCAACAUUUUUGCUACCUUUGAUGACAUUCUGUAAUUGUUGUGACCUCAUCUAACUGAAAUCCCAUUAGAGCAUAGUUACAUAACAUGAAAAUUCAUUUUCUUUAGAAAUGGCAUUUUCUAUUUAUUCUCAUGCUACUACUAACACUAAAAUUUGAUUAAUGACCUUUGAUCAUUGCCCUUUCAUUUAACCCCUGACCUGUAGGCAGCUCCUAUGAUGUCCACAGCUGUCCAGUCAGUAAGUUGGAUAUCUGAGCAUGGAACCCAAUAAAUAUGAACUGUUGUAUUUCCAUCUGCCCUCUGGUGUCCCGAUUUCUGUGUGUUUAUGUGUGUGUUGCAGUCAUACAUAUUUUUUAUUGCUUUCAACGCAGUUAAGUAAAAUUAAUGUCAACUUCUGGUUCAUAUAAAUUGCUAGGUCGUCUGCCAUCAUUUUCCUUUAUUAUAUGCCUUUAUUCCCAAAUCUAACCAAGAUUUUUUGUGAUAAAUACCAUCACAAGAUAAUAUGAAUAUUUAUGUAUUUAUUGUCAUGCUAUUAUUUUGUGCUUUUCAAGUUGUUUUUUUUAUGGUGGUUUAUGUUAAACUAUAUCUUUAAUAGGAUCAUUUAAUGUUGUUUAAACGUUGACCAGGAACUGUUGAAAGUCCGUCACCAGUUUUCAAAUAAUUCCAUCCAGUAAUCAAUCUUUACACCCCAAAGCCCUGCCAUCCUCCAUUCCUCUGACACACAAAUUAAUUGUAAAAAUUAUUGUAUUUUUUAACCUUGCUCAUUUGUCCCCAUUUCACAAAUAAUAAACAUAAUUUACAUUCAGUUUAGUAGCACAGAAAAUGACUCCAUAGAAUUCUAUUUAAAGAAAAACAAACUAUUUUUUUAAUACUUGUUUAAAUAAAACUAAUUUUAAUUGAAGAAAACAUUCAGCAAACUUUAUUCAACAGGAGAGAAAAAUUUAUAUUAAUAAUUUAUACUGUAUUCAUGUUACUUCGAUAAACCGAAACAUUUAGAUCAAAUAAUUGUGCCCCCCAACCCACCCCGCUCCCACCUACCCUUCCUUCUCUGAACUCGCCACAUCUCUUUUUCUCAAAAGUGAAAAUUUAAAAAAAAUUAAUGCACCGUUUAUUGAAAUUUAUUUACUUAUUGCAAUAAAACCAUGUGUCUGUGUCCUCUUUUCCGAACUCCUCAUAUUGUUCAUCUAUACAACUCGCUUUCAAAAUUUUAGGGAAACUUUCAUAGUUAUUUAUUUUCAUUUUAUUUAAAAUGUAAAGAUGCUAACUUUUUAAAAAGGUAUUUACAUUGUAAUCACCCCCAAGUUGUUGUCAUAAAUGGCCAUAGUAUUUCUUUCUCUGCAGUUGUUCCUGAACACUUACAGUAGAACAGUAGUUAAUUUACAUUGUAAUCAUCCCCAAGUUAUUGUCAUAAAUGGCCUUAGUAUUUCUUUCACUGCAGUAGUUUCUGAACACUUAAAGUAGAACAGUAGUUACAUUGCAGGAUCUUAAUGGGAAAAAUAAGUAUUAUUUAUCUAUAACUAUAUGAAGACUGGUUUUUCUAUGUAUCUAUAACUAUAAGACAACAGGGUUUUUUUUAAAAACUAGAGCACUCAAGAAUUGUGCAUGGAAAUAUAUUCUUGUUGUCUCUGUAUGACAGUAGCUGGAUUGAAGCAGCUUUGCCUUGUCUGAUUUUAUAUGUUGAAAGUAUAUAUAUAUAUACUGUAAUUAUCUCUAAAUUGAUGUUCUUUUACACUCAGCGUACUAUUGAUACUGUUCCAUAAUUCCUGGGCUAUCAUUUAUGAUAUCUUCAAUAGCUAAUAAAACUCAAGAUAAAAUUUACUUGAAUGAAGAGUACAUAUAAAUAAAAAGAAGUUUUGUAAGAAUAUUUUGUAAGGAAAUUUUAAUUUAAUUAAAAAGAUGUUUUGUAUCAUAGACAAUUUUAUUUUUAAAAAAACAACAAUUGAUCGGAACUAACCAUGGAGUGGUUAAUUUUUAAAGCAUAACAUGGUCAAUUAGAACAGUUUAAAUUCAAAGCCAGAAUUAGAUUUCCUUAUAAAAUGUGUCAUGAAUUGAAAGUUCAAUCAAAUGUGUUGUCUUCCAUUCAAACAAUGAAGCUCUGGUUUCCAUUCAUACAGAUAACAGAACAAGGGAGGAAAGCCAUGUCUGGUUUCAAGACCAAAAUCUCAGGGGUGAGUCAAAGUAUGGAAGGUGUGCUUCUAAGUAUGGAAAGGGUGCGUUUAAGGAAAGAAGGGGUGUGUUUAAAUGUGGAAAGGGUGUUACACCUGUAAGCACUUUGUUAUACUCUUCUAAAGCAUCUUGUUAUAUUCUUAUGGGGUUUACCUGUGUUAUUAUGCACUAAUAUAAUUCAAUUUUCCUUCAGUUCUGUAAUGAGUUUAAAUGAGUCACGUCCAUAGGUGGAAAACUUCUCUUAACAUUCUUUGUACUGGCCAUAAUUAAACUAAACGGUUACAAAUAGCCUUCAACUUAACUUUUGCCACUUCUUACAUCUUUACACCUCUUAAAGUGCCAUUAAACUACUUCCGGUAAUAGAACACUACUUCCAAUGACAGAACACUACUUCCAAUGAUGUAACACUACUUCCAAUGACAGAACACUACUUCCAAUGAUGUAACACUACUUCCAAUGACAGAAAACUACUUCUGAUGAUAGAACACUACUUCCAAUGAUAUAACAUUACCUCCAAUGAUAGAAUACUACUCCAAUGACAGAACACUAAUUCCAAAGAUAUAACAUUACUUCCAAUGAUAGAAAAUUACUUCCAAUGAUAGAACAUUGCAUGUACUUCCUAUGGUAGAACACUACUUCCAAUGAUAAACACUACUUCUAAUGACAGAAAAACUACUUCCAAUGAUAUAACACACCUUUAAUGACUGCUUAUGUUUUGUCUUCAUUUCCCCAAAAUAUCAUAACAAUAAAUUAUACAUGCAAAUAUAUAUGUAUAAUAAAACUCUCGAUAGGUUAGACCACCAUACCCCCCACCCCCCCCCCCCCUCCCUCCAAAAAACACCAUUUCACCUAACCCACCUUUGACGUAAAUAAAUGAUCGCUCUACAAAAGAAUGAUGACCUCAUCUUGUGAUUUACCUUGCCUGUGGCCAACCUGAUCAGCCAUUCUGUUUCAUCUCCAUGCAUCAGUUCACAGAGCCAGAGGAGAAGAAAGGAAAUGAUUUCCGGGUGUCAGGUGGCCUGGUGCAUUCCAAACCCCUGAGGCAGACCUCAGCCUACCAGCCCUCCGUCAGAGCCACCAGGGUAAACCCCAGCAUGGAUAUUGUCAGCAUGUUUGUUGUCACUGGCCCCUGCACUGAACCCCAUUUACUGCAUCGCCCUGCUGCAUUGAUAAUUCAUGUCACUUGUUGCAGUUUUUUUCCACUCUUUGUUUCAGUAGAAAAUAUUACUUUCAAAUUCUUUAACAGUUGGCUUUUAAAAAAAACAAAACAUUACAAGUUUUUUGUUGUUGUUUUUCUUUCUACUGCACUGAGAUUUGCCUUGCUCUCUCUGUGGCUUUCUGUUCAUAACUUAUAUUUCCCUGAAACUCUUGGUUUUAUAAUUACCCACCAUAUUCAUGUGCUGUUUCAUGUUGCAGUACUAGCAGAUUUAAUUUUAUAACCACUGGACUUUGUCAAUGUGUUAACGAUUUUUAACAAAAUGUAUUUUAUCAAAUUUAAAAAAAAAAUUAACCAUAUUUAACACAAGAAUUAAUGCCCCUUACAGAGAAAGUGACUUUUUAAAGUUGCACUAAUUUAAAUGUCAGAGGGAGACUGCUCGCUUCAUAAAGCGGUACUGUUUGGGAGGAACAACUUCAGUGUCAGGCUAUGACACUUUCCCAUAGUGUCAUUAGAGAGCCACACAUUGUGGUUGUUGCUAUCAUGGAUCAAAUGCCACUUAGCAUUAUGAUGCAAUAGAUGAUGGAUAGAAACAUGCCUUCAACAAAAGAUGUCUCAUUUGUCUCAUGGGCUACAACUAAAUCUAAUAAUCUAUAUCGCAGCAAACCUAAAUUUUUAUCAUCAGCUUAUUCCCCAAUCCAGAAUAGCUUGACCUUUGACCUUUAUUUCUGAAUUGAACUAUAACUAGCCAAGGCUUGUGCCUAACAUUGUUCAAACUUUUUUCAUCAUUUGAUCUGCAAGCAGAAAGUGAUUUCUACACUUAGAACCAUUAGCUCCACUUAAUUGUUAUGAUAGAUGAGGGGAAAUGGAAGUUGCAGAAAUGUAUUCAUUUGUUAAAAAUGUUGCUCUGCUCCACAGAAGAAACUUGAUUGUUUUCAGGGGAAGUCAAUAUAAAACAAAAUCUUGAUAAUUAAGACAUCCUAAAAUGAAAUAUUCCAUACAUGAUAACUGUAAUUGUUAUCAUCUCUUAUUUAUAAUCAGAACUUAGUUUUUAUGGUCUUUGUGAAUAUGCUUAUCUUUGGUCUGACUAAAAUCCCACUUGAUUUUGCAAUGAUGCUUCCUUCCCUUUUGAACAUACAUUGUACGUUGGUGGGUCACAAAGAGGAUUCUAGUUUACUGGACACCUGGAUAUAUGAUUAGUGAAACACCUGGAUAACCAAACCCCUGGAUGACUAAAAUCCCCGGAUGACCUAGUCUUGUGUAACCAAACCCCUGAAUGACCAGCCCCCUGGACCUAAUCCCCGGAUGAUCAAAUCACUGGAUGACCAAACCUAAGGAUGACUAUUGUCCUGAUAUGAGAGUUCCUAAUGUACCAUACUACUAAUUAACCUGUUGGUGAAUAGUUUAGCCAGGCACAGGGCUUCCCAUUUAUUAUAGUAUAGAGGUUGGCGGUAUUUUUCUUCUCUUAUUAAUAAUGUAAAUUGCUUGCCAAUGUAAGCUUCACCUGUCUUGUACCUUGCACGUCCAGGCAGAAGCUUGGUGAUAUACAUACGUUAACUGGUAACAUACGUGCUUGUGUUUCACUGGUGCCAGUGCCAGUAUUUUUGAAAAUAUUCAUUUAUUGGCUGUAAAGAAAAUGCUACUCAGCUAUUAAAAAAUAUAGCUACUAUAUCAAGAAUGUUAACUUGAAUUAAUGAAAGACUUGCUAUGAGGUAAAAAUUCACUUGAAUAAAUGAAAGACUUUGCUAUUGGGUAAAUUUAUUUGAAUUAAUAAACGUAUUGUUAUGAGAUAAAUUCACUUGAAUAAAUAAAAGACUUGCUAUGGGAUAAAUUCAUUUGAAUUAAAGAAGACUUGCUAUGGGAUAAAAUCAUUUGAAUUAAUAAAAGACUUGCUAUGAAGUAAAUUCACUUGAAUAAAUGAAAGACUUGCUAGGAACUAAAUUCACUUGUAUUAAUGAAAGACUUGCUAUGAGGUAAAAAUUUACUUGAAUAAAUGAAAGACUUGCUUUUAAGUAAAAUUCCCUUGUAUUUACAAAAGACAUGCUACAAAGAAAAUUGACUUAAAUUAAUAAAAUACAUGCUAAUUAUUUUAAACAAAAUGAAUCUAUGAUAAAGAAUUAUAUUAAAUAUUGUGGUGAGACUAAUAUUGUUGGACUUUAAAGAUUUGCUUGUAUAUUUAAUGAUUUUUUCUUCCAGCCACCAAGGCCUCCCCCACCCAAUAAAUCACAGAGCAGGCCAGAAACAACGUAAGUAAUGUGUUGUAAGUAAUGGAUCAGUUUAAAUAUUUUGGGUAAUAUGAAGUCCUGUAUACUGAUAUAAACCAGAGUUACUCUGGGUACUUACUCUGGGUACGCCACCCUUCUAUUGACAUGCAAAGAAUAUAUAUUGCAUCCUUCAGUCUUCUCGAGUUGAAGGAGUAGCGAUUGACUCUUCAUCAAAUGACUUAUGAGGCCUAUCUUGGAACGGCAGUCUGGGCUGCACUUCUCGCAGGAGAACUGUCCUGAACUUUGUCUCCUUGUUAAAUUGGCCUUCCGUUAUGCCUUAUUUUGUUGCUUUGUUUUUGUGCUUCUUCUGCCUUUUUGAGUCCUUCAUACACUGUUGUUCACCUGCUGGAACGGUGCUCAGCGAUGAUCUCCUAUUUGUUGAUUUCUAUGUUGGCGUCCCUCGUGCUUCUUUUGCAAAUGUCCUUAAAUUACAGUCGCGGCCAUCCAAUAAGUCUUGCAAACUCUCCAUACAGCAGAUUCUUUUGAAUAUGGCCUUCCGCCUUUCUCCUUACAUGGCAUAACAUCGAAGGCACCUCUUGCUAAGAGCGGCUAACAUCCUACACAUUUUGGCACAUUCCAAAACCGCUGUGUUAGGCACCUUGUCCUGCUAUCGAAUGUGACGCAGACAUCAUUGGCGGAAGCUGUUGACAUAUUAAACAAUGACAUCAAAUUAGCGCUUAGGUUAAAGGUCUUCAGGCAUAAUUCCUAGAUGCUCUCCCAGCUCCACUUAUAAAUGUAGGAUGCAAUUUUAAAUUUAAUCUUCUUCUAUAUCUUAAGGGCCCACGAUCAAUUUAUUGAUCAUCUUAUAAUCUUACAACUUGCUUGUCUUCAAGGUUGUAAUUUAAAGGACACAAAUUAUUUGAACAAAAACUAUUUUUAUUUAUACUGAGAAAGGAUUUUCAGUGGGGGAUUGGGAAUGCAAGUUUAUAUAUUUUUUAAACAUGGAAUCUUAAGUGGAGUACAAAUAUGAACACAAUAUGGAGCCCCCUUGAUUUGUACUGUUCAAUGAAGUAUGUAACUCUGCUCAAUGAAGUAUUUAACACUGCUAAACAAACUAUGUAACUCAUACUUGGGGGGAAAAUUGCCACACAUGAAAAGACUUAAAGGAUCUCUGUAAUAAAUAAAAUGUGAGAACCUUAUUACAUAAAUCACAUUAGUAAAGUAUGAAAAUCUCUUUCAUAAAUAAACAAUGAGAAUACAUGACAUAAAUAAACAAUGAUAAUACAUGACAUAAAUAAACAAUGAUAAUACAUGACAUAAAUAAACAAUGAUAAUACAUGACAUAAAUAAACAAUGAUAAUACAUGACAUAAAUAAACAAUGAUAAUACAUGACAUAAAUAAACAAUGAUAAUACAUGACAUAAAUAAACAAUGAUAAUACAUGACAUAAAUAAACAAUGAUAAUACAUGACAUAAAUAAACAAUGCUGAAAAUUUGAAUGUGUUGUCAUUGGCAACAAAACUAUGUGCCAAGUUUCGGUUGGAUAGAUUGAGGGGAAGUGGGUCAAUCAGCCUUCUGAAGAUUAUGUCAGCCAGCCAUGAACAAAAGCGAAGUUGAAAUAAAGUUGUUUUUUAAAAGAAACGUGAUGAUCUAUUGCAUAAAUUAAACAUUAGAUGGUCUAAACUUAAUAAAUAGUUUUCAGCUGGUUGGGAAAUCUGUUAAUCUGUCAGUGUCUUUGUCAAGUCUGCCCAAUAUUUGGUAGAGCCUGGGAAAUGUUUCCAUUGCAGCAAAGUGCAUCUGGGGGAGCCUAGUCAUGAUGACAGUCAUCUACGUCUGAGCUACCACACGCCGGAUGUCAGCCUCAUGGGUGACAGGGAAAUUCAGGCUGCCAUAUAUCGAUCCGCAAGUGCUGAGAUGUUGCCCAAUCACUACAAAGAGGUGAGCCCAAGUCUCUUCACUUUAUCCUUUAGUUAAAUGGGAAAGUUAUAUAUUCCCUUAUUUUAGAACAUUUUGACUCAAAUUUCCAGCUAAUUUUCUGGGAAAAGAUACAGUAUUAAACCAUAAAUAACCGUUUAUUUAGGAUUAAAAACCCUUAAAAAGGAUUUUAAUAACAAUUUAUAAAGCCCAAUCAAAUUUAAAUAUUUACGAUCUCCACAUCUAAUUACAACUUAACUUACUGGUACUUUGAAGUUCCAUUGGAACUCUGUAUGUAUCUAAAUUAGCUUUUUUUUUUUUUUUUUAGUAUAUUGCUUGAUAUAGAGGCAAUGAAUUAGUGUUAAAAACAUAGAUAAGAAGUUAAAAUAUGCUGUUUGCAUGGGGGUCGUUAAGAUAAAUAAAAUAAACUCUUGUUUAGUUUCAGAGCCAAUGAAUUGUUAAAUAUAUAAUGUUUAUGAUUGAAGAUAUGUAUAUUGAGGAAUUGUAUUGCAUCCUUUGGUUUUUAAGAGUUGAAAUGUUGAAAUCUGAUAAUGUAAAACACUUUUAUAAAAAAAAAUCUUAUUAUUUAACCUUAUUAGGUUUACCGGAAAAUCUCUUGAGAGAUAACCUAAAUUUGGCAAUUAGAAAUUAAUCAGAUUGAUCUCCCCUCUAACAGGGCUCCAGUGGCUCCUGUUCAACUCAGUCCAGCGAUUCCAUUGAAGGAAGCGAGUUUCAGUUUGACCGUUUUGCCAACUCAGAUGAAGGUAGGUCCAUUCAGGCAAAGUCAAGAUUUCAAACAUGGUUUACAGAAAAAAAUAAGUAUCAAAUUUGAAGUGUGUCCUAAUGUGAUUGGGUGAUGAAAUGAAUUAAACAAUGUAAAGGGUUGUUUAAACUUGUCAUUCUGUGUCUGGGAAUAUUUAAAAGAUGUAUCUCCAGCCAAUAGAUUUUAUCUUUAUUACUCUUUACAACUUUAUAAAAGAACUGUAUAUUUUUAAGACCAUAACACCACCACCCCCUCCCCCAACCUUAGUUCUUUUUUUUUUUAAAGACAACUAAACAAAAUAUUUUUUCUCAUUAAAAAAUUCACAAUAAAAGUAAUUGAGUAGCUGACAUUUAUUCUUGUCUUCCCAUGGGCAUUCUUGAUGUCUUACCAUGAAAUUCUUGAUGUCUUACCAUGACUUUCUUGAUGUCCCACCGUGACUUCGUUGAUCGGAUAUUUUUUAUUUGAUUACCUCCACAGACUCCGAGUCUAUAAGGAGUGACCAGAGUAAACCACAGGAGCCAAACAACACAGGUCACUAGUUACUUUGGCAUAACACUUGGCUCACAGAGUGAUCAGAAGACAACUUUACUAGUAGUUUUUUGUUUGUUUUCGUCUUCAGAUGUUUGAUUCUGCAAGAAAGCAUGUUGUUUGGUGUCCCUCUAAUGUGACACUACUAAUAAAUACUUGGGUUCGUAGGGAUUGACUUAGAAAUAUUCUGUAUAUUACUUACUAACAUGUCUUAAUAAAUACUUGGGUUCGUAGGGAAUGAUUUAGAAAGAUUCUGUAUAUUACUUACUAACAAGUCUUUCCAUCUUAUUCCAGCAGACAAACUGAUCCGCCCACAACAGGACAAACUCAUCCGUACCUCCAUUAAAUCCAACUCUAGUGAUGUCCAGCCUGUCCCGCCGCCGAGAGGGAAGCGGAACACCAAAUCGAGCCCGUUGCCCAGCCCUGCUUCGAGCCCGGCCAUUGAACCUCGGAGCUCCAUUCAAACUCCUCCAAAACCCCUUCCUCGCCAGUCAAGCUUGAGCAAGGCUGUCAAAGAGGAGACAACUCCUCCCAAAGCUGAAGUUCACGAGACUCCGUUGAUCAAGUUUGAUUCCACGGAGUCAGAAACAACAGACUCCGAUAUAUUUGAUCCUUUGGGGUCACCAAAACCCAAGCAAGGAGAGACUACUCUAGUUUCUCUGGAGGGCAGUGAUGCCGAGGAUAAGGAUAGUGUUGACAUGAGGUCAUGGCAGAGAAACCAAGGUUCUAGAGUUUCCUUGACGCGACAGAAAGCCUUUCGGCGUGAUAGUCCUGCAGCCCCACUUCGAUCAGGCUACAAAGAUGAUGAUCUAGAUAUCAUCACUCCGAGAAAGGACUCCACAACAGAAUUCUUUGAUCCGCUGUCCGACUCCAAUAAGUUGGAUGAAUCAUCAGACACUGUUGGGAGCCUUGCUGUUAAAAUGGACCCUUUAUCAAGUCACAGUCCCCGGAGAGAGAGCUCAGACCUUCUUAUGCAAGAGUGGUCAGUAGCCUCCCUGACCAAAGGCCCCAAUGUGAUUCUUCCGGUUGGACUUAUCCCAACCCGUAUAAGCCAACCCAGCAACCCGUUUCAUUCACGCCAGGCCUAUAACAUGCCUCUGGUGCAUCAAUCUCUCCCAUCCAACAAUGCAUUUCAUGCACAGCAACAGGCGAGGUCUGUCAGCAUGGCACACCAAGGUCAGAUGGCACCACUGAGCUCACCACAGCAUGCGUUCCAACGUGUCAGUCUGCCAGUCAUGUCCACUGUUCCACACAACCAAAACCCUGGGAAGCUGCCUACUAAAAGUUACGCCCCCUACUCUGUACCACAGUCUUCCUUGCCGUUGCAGAAUCGCGCGGUCGGCAAUCUGUCUGCCUCCCCGCAUCAUGGGGGUGUCCCCGUUGGCCAGACGAUGACCCCUCAGCCGUUGAGUGCUAAAAAUAGUCCCACUGUUUCCCCCUGUGCAUCCAGGUCUUCUACCCCGGCUGUUAGUUCCAGCAAACAGUCUGCUCUGUUUGGUGACCUCCUGGACAUAGACUUCGGGGGCAGUCAAAAAAAACCCAAAGAUUCUGUCACCGAGGACAAGCCUAGUAUAGACAAAACACCACCUCAGCAGUCCAAAUGGGAAACGUUUGAUUAAAACUCAUGUAUUUUUAGAUCAGCAAUGAGAUAAGUAAUUUCACGGUCUAUAGUUUGAAACCAUCCCUGUUCAUUACUUGAUCCCAUCCAGUGAAACUUGUUUUUUCUUUGGGGUUCAGGUUUUGUAGAAUCUGCUGGAUCUCAAUGUAAGGUAGCUUGACACAUUUAUUAGGCUAUGCUUACCUAGCCUGUUGAUGUGACAUGCCAGACGGUAUUCAUUUAAUACCCCGAGUGCGUAACUUGUUCCUCUCAAUGCAAUGUAAUAUCCUAGGCUGUAUCUGUGAUUUUCUUCACAUCUCUGUGUUGUGCCCAUGCUAGUCAAGUUUGUGUAGGCCACGCCAACUGUGCUCAGCCAAGUGUUGUUGAUUAUACUCUUUCCAUUUUUGUUAAUCUUAGUGUUUUAUUUUAAUGUAUAAUCUCUUGUACUUUGACUUCAAGAGGAUUUCACUUUAUUUGUGAUCUCAAUUUCUUGUCGAGAAGUUAUCCAACACUUGAUUUCUCACUUAGCUGUCCAGAUUUUAUAAUACCGUACUGAAUGUUUUGUGUUUGUAUGUGCGUAAAGCUCUGACAGAGUUGACAUGUGUGGGUUGUAUAUUUUUGCAGAAUCUAUUAAAUCAAACUAUUAAUGGACUAAUCUGUGUAGUUCCUACAUUACGCGCCCUAGGUGAAAUAUUGUGGAUCAAUGUGGCUUUCUUUAGAUCUCCAUACAACUGUGUAGUUGACCCACAUUUUGAUGUAGUACACAGAUUCUAGGGCUCUAAGGAAAUACUUUGGUGUCCCUAUCAUUCAAUGUCCAAACUUUGAAUACAGUUGUUGGCUUGAAACCAGUAACAUUCUGGUGUUGUUCUUUCAAAUUUGUUUAAUUGUUGCUUCAAAGUUGUUUGAUUGUUGCAAUUUCUUGAACCCAUGUUGGUGGCAAUUCCUCUGUAGCAUUAGACAAGUGUUGUUUGUUAGAUUCUGUGGUCAGUUAAGUCCAUGGACUGACCUACCAUUUCUGACAGAUCAAACCUUAUGUAGCCGCAAGUCACAAUUAACAGGAGCUAAUGUUUAAAUGUAAAUUUCAGUUUAUUUACAAUGAAUUAAUUUAGUUUGUUCAAUAUUCCCAAUCUUUCAAUGCCAGUAUUGAUAAAAUUAUAUCAGCUGAUAAAAAUAGACUGUCUCGUAAGAAUAAAUUCCUUGUUAUAAUUGUUUCAACAACUGAGCUUUAACUUUAAGUCUAAUUUUAUAGAAACAAUUCUUACCUGAGG